AUGAAUGGCCAAAAAUAUUCAUUAGAAAAUAAUAAUAAUAUAUACUAUGAAGAUGAUGAAAGUGACAGUAGUCUUGGAAGUAAUAGAUAUAAUAAAGUAAAUAAUAGACAACAGCAGCAAUUAAAGAGAUCAUAUAAUCAAUAUGGGGACGAUGAUACCAAUACGUCAAACAGUAGCCCAAAUACAGAUUCACCAUUUUUAAAAUCAUCAGAUUACAGUUUAAAUAAUAGUAAUAACAAUAAUAACAACAACAAUAGUAGUAAUAAAAAUAGUUUAUACGAUGACGAUUUAAAAAAAUAUUAUGGUGGAGCAAACUAUAAUAGUCAUUUAAAUGAUGAUGACGGUGGUUCAUUUUCAUUCGAUUUAAAUACAAUCAAAGGGUUUUUAUAUUAUAUUUAUUUUUCACUUAGAUAUACAUUAUAUGGUGAUUUUAGAGUGGCCCUUAAAUAUGUUCAUAAUAAUUCAAAAAAAAAUAGAAAGAGUUUAUUAUUAGGUUUAUUUACAGUUUUUUUAGUAGUUUUAUUUAUUAGUUUUUUACAAAAUUUAAUUCAAUCAUCACCAAUAGUAUUUUUAAAAUUAUCAGAGGAUCAAGCUGGUGAAUUAGAUUUAGUAUUAACAGGCGAUCCAGGAAAUUAUUAUUCAUCAGGUAAUACAACAUUAAGUUUAGAUGUAGUAAAUACAGAUAGCGAAGAGUUAAAAUAUUCAACUAAAUUAAAAAAAAGCAAUCAGCAAUAUCGAGCAAUCGAAUCAAAUAAAUAUAAUCAAUUUAACAAUGUUAGCGAGCUUGGCACAACUGGUUUAUUGGGAAAGUUAUUUGAUAGUUUUUCAGAUCAAUUAGGAAUGCUUAAUCAAGAUUUUGGUGGAUUUUUUGUAAAUUCAACAUUUUUAAAUCAUACUUUGAAUGGUGCAUCAACAGUACAUGGUGUUGCUCCAAGAUGGGUCUCUAUUUCAGAUAUAAAUACAAAUCAAACUUUGACAAAUGAUACAUCAAUCACCAAUAGUGCUUCGUUGUUAGUGAUGGUAAUGAACACCACAUUAGAAAAGGAGAUGGGUUUAGGCAGAGGUUGGAAGUAUCCACCUUUGGUCGGUAAUCAAAUUCAUAUAACUUCAUCUUUCCUCAGACGUAUCAACAUUCAGCCAAAUAAAAACCAGGCCGUUCAUCUUCAUAUGGACUUUUUCGAUGUUCUCCAACGUUUGGGUAUAUCAUCAUCCACACCCACUUUCGAUUCGUUCAUCGAUUCAAUCGAGUCACAAUUGGGAUUCCCAAUACCCGAGCAAUUAAAUGUAACAACUGCCAUUGAAAUGUAUGACUUCCUCAAUCCAAAUGCUCAUUUAGAUCAAGUAUUAGAAAAUCUUUUAGGCCCAAAUGCAUUUGUAAUCUCUGAUGAUGGUAUGGUACUUUAUCCAGUUAUCGCUUUAAAGGAGCUCUAUGAUUCAGUUCGUAAUGACCUCAGUCUUGAUCAAGAUUUAAUUGUUAUGGAUAGCAUCGAAUCACCUGGUGGUAAAUUCCCAGAUACCAUUGGUAAUGUUGGUAUUUUAGAAUCAUCUUUUGUGGAAUCAAUGAUCAAAGAAAAGCUCGAUAAUGUUAACAAUCAAUUGAACAACACAAAUCUAAAUCAAUUAAUAGCAGCAUUAGAGGCAUCAGCAGAUAUUAUAAAUUUAAGUGGAGUUAAUAUUACUAGUUACUUGGAUCGAUUCAAUAGCUUCAAAAAGACCUUUAACAAGUUUCACAAAAAUUUCAAUAUCAACUUUUAUGCAAUGUCACCAGUUAUUAUGUUGGAAAACCGUGUCAAAGUCUAUAUUGGCUCUGAUGAUGAAAUGAAGGUAGGAAUGAUGGAGUUUACAAACCAAGUAUCGACUUUAUUGGGAUAUAGCUAUCCAGUAUCAUUUACAACUCCAUUGGCUACAACACUAAAGAUGUUUGUCUACACUAAACUUUCGCUAAAUCAAAUUUUCAAUUGUGUUGCUUGUGUAUUGUUGGUAUUAGGUGCUCUCAUGGUCUAUAGUUUACUCUUGAGUGAUGUUGAAGGUAAAACAUUCGAAUAUGGUAUGUUACGUGCUCAAGGUAUGCGUCAGUAUGCUUUAAUUAUUCUUUUGUUAACUCAAUCGCUCUACUUUAGUAUUCCUGGUAUUAUGUUUGGUUUAUUCAUUGGCUGGUGUCUUUAUGCUGUUGUUGCUUACUUUGUAUAUGUACAAUUUGUAUUAUUACCAAUAGAUCUCACAUAUCACAGUACAUCAAUUAUUUCUGGUCUUGCUAUGGGUUUCUUAAUGCCAAUAGUUGCCAAUAUUGCACCAAUUCAAAGAGCUCUUUCUCGUACACUUCGUGAUGCAUUGGAUGUCUAUCAUCAAGUUAAAAAUGAAACCAUGGUAAAAAUAGAAAAACUUGAAGAGAUUGGUUUAGAUGUAUUACAAACUAUUUUAGCAAUUUUAGCUGUUGCAGUUGGUUUCACUGUUUACUAUUUAAUUCCAUUAUCGUUCACCUUUAGAAACUUAGGUUUGUUCUUUGGUAUUUUAACAGGUAUUUUAAUGGGUAUGUUAUUUGGUAUGUCAAUGUUGGCUCAGGCAGUUCAACCAUUCCUCGAAAAAGCUAUUGUAUUUUCAAUUAUUUUAGGUCCAGAUCGUCGUUCUCUCUAUUCUCUUGUUAGAAAGAAUCUCUUUUCCCAUAGCACUAGAAAUUCAAAGACCGCCACAAUGUUAACCAUCUGUUUAACAUUUAUUAUUUUCACUGGCUGUGUAUUCCGUUUACAAGGUCAUAACAUUCAAGAGUUGGUACGUUUAGGUAUUGGUUCCGAUGUUGGUGUAGUUGCAACCUCAAUUAGAAAUCCAAUUCCAGAGAUUGAUAUACGUAACUUUUUAGAUAAUGAUAUUGCAAAUAAUACAAAUUCAAUUGUUGCAAAUUAUACAGUAGUAUCUUUCCCAUUGGAUAAAGUAAUGAAUAUUAGGUCAACUCAAUUGAUGCCAUUAGCUCAAUAUCCAAGCAUUAAUGUUCGUAUUUAUGGUGUCGAAAGUAAUUUCCUUAAGAGCACAUUCACAGAUUUCUAUCAAUACACCGAGUUAGCAGAUAGUUUGAAAUUCCCAAAUGUUAAAGUAGAUGGCAAGGAAUAUCCUGAUGUAAUAGACAGUCUCUAUGUCAAUCAACACAAAGAAUUAGUUCCAGAGGAUAUCCAUGGUAAAAUUGUACCACCACCAAUGGUAGUUUCAAAUGGCAGUGUUACAUAUCAAAAAGCUAACCCAAUUUGGAAUUGGUUAAAACAUCACUUGGAUAAUGGAAAUAUCUACACAAAUUAUACAGAUAUUAUUUUCUCUGAAGCUUUUCGUUUAACAUGUGGUGUAGAUACCAAUUCUCCAUUCAAUUUAAAUGUUAGAUUCAAACAAUAUUCAAAUAAUUAUGCAACUUUAACUUUAUUAGCAAAAGGUCAAGCUAUGGUUAGAAUGUUCCCAUCAUUCUUUUUCUCUUCAUACUCUCAAACCGCAUACUCAUCACCAGUUUUAGUUAACAAUGAUGAAUUUUAUAGAAUAAUGAAAAUGGUUUAUUCUUUAACAAGUGACCAAAGUGUAGUAUUACCAGAAGUCGUUCCAAAAUCAAAGGUUUUAGUUAAAUUUAAAGAAGGUUCAACUCUCAGCGAACGUGAAUAUAUUAUAAAUGGUAUUCGUAAUUUUAUUAAAACAGAUAAUAUUCAAGUAAUGGAUACUCAACAUCUUUUGGAUACCACCAGUACCGCUGUCACCAUUUUAAAUAUUUUCUUUUAUACCGUAUCAGUAGCUUCAAUCAUUUUAUGUUUCUUUAUGUUAUGGGUAUCAUUCAGCGCAAACAUUCACGAAAACUGUUGGGAGUUUGGUGUAUUAAGAUCAAUUGGUUUAACAAGUUUCCAAGUUACUCGUAUAUAUAUUUAUGAAGCUUUAGUUUUAAUCUUUUCAUCAAUGGUUUUAGGUCUAAUUAUUGGUUUAGGUGUAGCUUUAACUCUUACUCUUCAAUUUGAUUUAUUCACAGAGUUACCAUUAAGUUUCGAAUUCCCAUAUUUCUGGUUUAUUGGUGUUUUAUUAAUGUCAAUUGGUUUAGCAAUCAUAGUUUCUUAUCAAUCUUCAAAAGAAUAUAGAGAAAGAAUGAUUGCUUCAGUUUUAAAGGGUCUCUAA